CGGCAAACAUGCGGUGCCAGGGACAGCGGGCGCCCCGGAAAGGACGUCCGACAAGUAUCACAUCAACCCUCCAGCAGAAACAGGGCCGCCGCUUCCCGCGGCCUCCCGCUCCCUGGACCAACGCACGCAUGCGCGGCGCCCACGGACUACAACUCCCGCCGUGCACCGCGCGUGUCGCCCCCGGCCGACCCGAGCGCCUCCCGGAAGUGGGGCUCCGGGGGGCUACCUCGGUUCUUCGUGCGGGGGCGGGCGAACGUGCGGGUUUGGGAAGGCAGCUGGAGCCAGGGACCCCAUGCCGGGGAGCCGGGCCGGAGAUGGCUUCCGGGGCCGGCAACUGCGAGGGCGCGGCGCCCGAGGCGGACCGUCCUCACCAGCGGCCCUUCCUCAUCGGGGUGAGCGGCGGCACCGCGAGCGGGAAGUCAACGGUGUGUGAGAAGAUCAUGGAGUUGCUGGGACAGAAUGAAGUAGACCACAAGCAGAGGAAGCUGGUCAUCCUGAGCCAAGACAGGUUCUAUAAGGUCCUGACAGUGGAACAGAAGGCCAAGGCCUUGAAAGGACAGUACAAUUUCGACCACCCAGAUGCUUUUGAUAAUGACUUGAUGCAUAAGACUCUGAAAAACAUUGUGGAGGGCAAAACUGUUGAGGUCCCAACCUAUGAUUUUGUGACCCACUCAAGGUUACCAGAGACCACAGUGGUCUACCCUGCAGAUGUAGUGCUGUUUGAAGGCAUCUUGGUGUUCUACAGCCAGGAGAUCCGGGACAUGUUCCACCUGCGCCUCUUUGUGGACACCGACUCCGACGUCAGGCUGUCUCGAAGAGUUCUCCGGGAUGUGCACCGUGGGAGGGACCUGGAACAGAUCCUGACCCAGUACACCACUUUCGUCAAACCAGCCUUUGAGGAGUUCUGCCUACCGACCAAGAAGUAUGCUGAUGUGAUAAUCCCUCGAGGAGUUGACAACAUGGUUGCCAUCAACCUGAUUGUGCAGCACAUCCAAGACAUACUCAAUGGUGACCUCUGCAAAUGGCACCGAGGAGGGUCCAAUGGGCGAAGCUGCAAGAGGACGUUUCCCGAACCAGGCGACCAUCCUGGGGUGCUGACGCCUGGCAAACGAUCACACCUAGAGUCCAGCAGUCGACCGCACUGAGCAGUGGGGUGCUGUCCCCCAACUCUGGAGCAGGUCUCUCACAGAUACAUGUUUGGUGUCUGGGCCCAGAGGUGCCCACCUGCUCUAUAACAGUCACCCACCACUUCCCUGCCUGGGGAAGUCUGGCUUGGGGCAGUGUUAGGGUUGGCGGGCUCACCACCAGUCAGGGAUACUUGGACACCUAUGCAGUCAGCUUGGGUCUGACAGCAUUCCUGACAUCUUCACCUGUUUCCUCAUGUUUGAGGGUUUCAGAAUGUCUGGGUCACUGAGAAAUGCCACAGAAUGUGUGGUUGGCCAGGAUUAACACAGGUCUUGUAUUUGGAGCACAUGAAAGGAAAAAACUAGGUAUGUUUCUGACAACAGAUCCAUAGGGAGAUGGUUUUUCUAGUGUGAUCUGAUUCACAUGCACAUAUCUAAUUGAAACAAAAGCCUAAAGAGCCAAUCUUUCUCUCUUUUUACACACCAUAUAGCUGAAUGUUUGGUUUGGUCUGGUUCUACCUUAUACCACCGUACUGGUGGCAGCCUGUUAGCCUUGUUUCGUGACACACACACACUUACAGUGGGUUAUGAUCUAGGCUUGGACAUGCUGUUCUAAAGAGCCACAGAGAAUCCUCCUGUCUUGGUUCCAAAGGCAGAGCUGGGGAAGGAGCUCUGGCACAGGCACCCUCUUAGUCAAAAUCAUCACAGAUAACAGAUCCUCCCGUGUCUAUCGAGGUCCUGCUCCCCCUACAGGAGCCCCUGGAGCCGUGUGCUGCCUGGACACGCUGCCCCAAUUGUGUUUAGGGCCAAAUCAAAGACGUGACCUCUAGCCAAGAUAUGCCAGACCAGAGGCAAGUAAAGCUGUUGCCCAUGCCAAUGUUCCUGGGAGCUCUGGUUCCACACACAGCCCCUGUGGUCUUGUCCUGAUUUGUUUUCCCUCCCUUGUGGUACCUGUUUCUGCAAAGCACUCUCUUUCUUACCAGCCAAGGUGCAUGAGCACCUCUGGUCUCAUCUGAGUAUCAUUAGCUACACAAGACAUGACGUUCGUUUUGGGGCUGGUUCGAGAGCUAUGUAAUUGUUUUGUCAAUAUGUUCUUUGGGGAGAAAAUAAAGAAAAACAAAUACAAA